AUGAAAAGUUCUUAACAUCUGUUGUAGAACAUAGUAUAUUCUAAAAGUGGUUAUGUGAGUUAAGUUUGGCAAACAUAAGGCUUUCAUGGGCUAAACUUACGCAGUGUGGAAAGACAGUAGGCAAUAGUAGUUAGCAGAUGAAUAGUAGUUAGAGGAUGAAUGCCCUUUCUAAUUUAAAACACUAUUCAUAUGCAAGAACUGAUCUAAAUAAUAAUUUUACAACUUAGAACCUGCCACCAAAACAGAUCUGCAGACUAAAGGAAACCCACAAACGAUGCAUUUUAAACUAUAAGGGUCUGCAUUCAACUAAGAGAUGACAAAAAUGAAAGAAAAGAAUGAGUUUAAGUAAAGGAGAUGCUGUGAAACCGAGCUAAAAUGUAAGUUUCAAGGAAGAAAUUAAACAGAAGAAUGGUUCACAUGGAAUUGCUGGAGCAGUCAAUCAUUUGGGUGAAAAAAAGACAGAAUGAGAAUUAUUGGGAGGCACAGAAAAUCUCAGUAGCCCUAGUAUGUGAGGAAAGACAAAUUGAAGAAGGGGCUACAAGACUUCAAAAUUUACCAACACACAAAGUCCUGCCAUCCUCCUUUAUGAAACUAACAGAGAUCAUCAUUCCAUUCUAACAAUAACAUUAUAGCUAGCUCUCAUCAGACUGUGCUAAACAUUUAACAUUUUGUUUAUUGUUGUAAAAAUGUAUUAUUUCAUUGAAUUUUCAAAAUAAUGCCUUGAGGUUGAUCUCAUUAAUAUUUUCAUUCUGCAGGUAAAAAACAAGGUUCAGGGAAGUUAGUCUGGGACCGAUGCUGCCUAAGUAGUAAAUGGACAUCUUAUGAUUCCCUGAUAAUACCGAUGGAGAAUUGUACAGAAAUGACAAAGUUCAUACUUCUAGGACUAACCAAUGCCCCAGAACUACAGGUCCCCCUCUUUAUCUUGUUCACCUUCAUCUACCUCCUCACUCUGUGUGGGAACGUGGGGAUGAUGCUGCUUAUCCUGAUGGACUCUUAUCUCCACACACCCAUGUACUUUUUCCUCAGUAACCUGUCUCUAGUGGACUUUGGAUACUCCUUAACUGUCACUCCCAAGGUCAUGGCUGGACUCCUUAGAGGAGACAAGGUCAUCUCCUACAAUGCAUGUGCUGUUCAGAUGUUCUUCUUUGUAGCCUUGGCCACUGUGGAAAAUUACUUGUUGGCCUCAAUGGCCUAUGACCGCUAUGCAGCAGUGUGCAAACCCCUACACUACACCACCACCAUGACGGCCAGUGUAUGUGCUCGUCUGGCCCUAGGCUCAUACGUCUGUGGCUUCCUAAAUGCCUCAUUCCACAUUGGGGGCAUAUUCAGUCUCUCCUUCUGUAAGUCCAAUCUGGUACAUCACUUUUUCUGUGAUGUUCCAGCAGUCAUGGCUCUGUCUUGCUCUGAUAAACACAUUAGUGAGGCGAUUCUGGUUUUUAUGUCAAGCUUUAAUAUCUUUUUUGCUCUUCUAGUUAUCUUUAUCUCCUACUUGUUCAUAUUCAUCACCAUCUUGAAGAUGCAUUCAGCUAAGGGACACCAAAAAGCGUUAUCCACCUGUGCCUCUCACUUGACUGCAGUCUCCAUCUUCUAUGGGACAGUCAUCUUCAUGUACUUGCAGCCCAGCUCCAGCCACUCCAUGGACACAGACAAAAUGGCAUCUGUGUUCUACGCUAUGAUCAUCCCCAUGCUGAACCCUGUGGUCUACAGCCUGAGGAACAGAGAAGUCAAGAAUGCAUUCAAAAAAGUGUUGAGAAGGCAAACAUUUCUAUAAGAUUGGAAUUUUAACACUGUUGUAUACACAAAAAUGUUUCACUCAUCUCAGACCUUCCUCACGCAAUGAGUUACAUUUGAAACCCCACAAUACAUGUAAGUUCAUGAGGUGAUAUUCUUACCUCUUUAGAAGUCAAUUAUGUAAUAAAAAUUAAACAUUCUCAGAAAUGUAACACCUGAACGAGGAAGGCUAAAGGGAAAUGUUAGGAUUUUUGGAACUUGCUGGUCAAACCUUACUAAUGACAUUUGGUUCACUCACUUGUUCCAUUUGCAUUUUCUCUACCACAUUCCAAUGCAAACAUACUUGUUAAACAGGGACACCAACAAGCCCACAAAAAUAUAUAUGCUUAUGCCCUUGUGGGCACAUAGGCGUUAGAAGGAGAAAUUUACUCAGAAGUAGGUGGAGUGUGGCUAGUUUUUAUAUAAAGGACUUAAGUAAUUAAUUUAGUAUUAUAGUAUAAAUUUAUUUUUGAAUAGACUUUUUAAGAACAGUUUUAUGUUCACAUUAAAAUGGAGAGGUAAGUACAGAGAUUUCCCAUAUACCUUCUGCCCCCACAUACGUAUACCCUCCCUCAUUGUCGAUAUCCUCCAACAGAG